CUAGAGGAUCUUAAAAAUCUGUUACUAUAAAUUCAUAAUAUAGAAAAGGAAGACAACUUUGCUUGUGUUUAAAAAAAAAAAUAAAAAUCCCACCAUGAUAUUCUAACUGGUUCAUUGUAAAGCAGCCUCUGAAUAAUCAUACCGAUUUCUUCCAUGAGUAAAAAAGAAAUAAUCAAUCUACAAUUUUAGAAAAUACAGCUCAGGAGUUUAAAAAUAAAAUGUUAAACAUGUAACAAUAACUGGGAUAUGGAUUUAAUUUAAGUCCUUUACUGUAGAUACCAGAGGUAAAAUUUGAUUAUUUACUUCCAUCAGCUCUGUAUUUCCUUCCCUUCCUCUUUUCCAUCAGUUAAGUGGAGCUGAUUUAGCUGAAUGCUCCAGUCCUGACUUGGAGGUUCGACACAGGAUUGUAGCAGAGAAAAGCAGCUGUUCAGGCAAUACAAGAUGUGCGAUCCUCUUUCAGUUUUGCUGACAUUUGAACAGAGAUCUUAAAAACUUUAAAAGAUUGAUCGAUUUAAGUUUAUUGUUUAGAAAUACUUUGAAGUAAAAUAUUAAGGGUAUGUAUUUGUUCCUUGAGACAAAGCAGUGAAAGAUUAAGAUGACUUUCCUGAGUCACUGAGACCACGAAGGGCUGGCACAUGGUGCAGAGCAUGUGUUGGUGGCACCAAUACAGUUUCUCCCAGGUGAUUUAAAGGCUUUGGACCAGAAUCCUGAUUUAGAACAAUGGCAAGAAACUGAGCUGAUAAAUUAGCUCCGUAUCUGGAAAACUACCUUGUUUGGGGGAACGAGAUGUCAUGAAGAAGUAACAUGCUGCAGACUGCUCUGUUAACUUCAUGGGAAAAGAGGUUAAAAGGGAACUUUUAAAAGAAAAUAGAGUUUUUCCUGACUGAAGCUGAGGACUUGGCGAGAAAACACGAAAUGUCUCCUGAAUCAAAAAAACUUUUCAACAUAAUUAUUUUGGGAGUCUCGUUUAUGUUUAUAUUCACUGCUUUCCAAACAUGUGGAAAUAUUGCGCAAACUGUUAUCACAAAUUUAAACAACACUGAUUUUCACGGCAGUGGCUACACAAGCAUGUCCAUUAUUUAUGGAGUAUUCUCUGCAUCAAAUCUUAUAUCGCCUUCAGUGGUUGCAGUAGUAGGACCUCAGCUCUCCAUGGUUGUUAGUGGCAUAUUUUAUAGCCUAUACAUUGCAGUUUUUAUACAACCCGCUACAUGGGCUUUCUACACUGCUUCCGUUUUUAUUGGCAUUGCAGCUGCUGUACUCUGGACAGCACAGGGAAAUUGCUUGACCGUAAAUUCUGAUGAAAACACCAUUGGAAGGAACAGUGGAGUAUUUUGGGCACUCUUACAGUCCAGCUUGUUUUUUGGAAACCUCUAUAUAUAUUUUGCUUGGCAAGGAAAAACUCGCAUAUCAGAGAGCGAUCGCAGAACUGUCUUCAUUGCUCUGACUGUUAUCAGUCUUGUGGGCACAGUUCUGUUCUUUCUGAUUAGGAAACAAGAGGACACAAAAGCUCCAGGGGAGGAAGAUUCUGCUAAUGAAAUCCUGGCGGACAGCUCGUCUGCACAAAACAAAAUGAUGAGAGCAGUGGCUGCCUUCAAGAAAUCUAUAAAGCUGAGCUUCACCAAAGAGAUUCUACUUCUAAGUGUUACAACAGCCUACACAGGUUUGGAAUUAACAUUCUUUUCUGGAGUAUACGGAACAUGUAUUGGUGCUGUGAAUAGGUUUGGCAGUGAAGAGAAAAGCCUUAUUGGUCUCUCUGGUAUUUUUAUUGGUGUUGGAGAAAUUCUGGGUGGAGGAAUCUUCGGUUUACUGAGCAAGAAUAAUCGCUUUGGCAGGAACCCCAUUGUGAUGCUAGGCAUCGUUAUUCAUUUCAUAGCCUUUUAUUUAAUUUUUUUCAACAUGCCAAAUGAUGCCCCUAUUGCUCCUAUGGAAGGAACAGAUGAUGUUGCUUAUAUGAUUCCAAGCAAAGAGGUGGCCAUAUUCUGCAGCUUUCUGUUGGGCCUGGGGGACAGCUGCUUCAACACCCAGCUCCUCAGUAUUUUGGGAUUCCUCUAUUCAGAAGACAGUGCUCCUGCCUUUGCCAUCUUUAAGUUUGUUCAGUCCAUCUGUGCUGCAGUUGCAUACUUCUACAGCAACUACCUCCUCCUGCAGUGGCAACUCCUGAUCAUGGUGGUUGUGGGCUUCUUUGGAACAAUUACCUUCUUCACAGUGGAAUGGGAAGCAGCAGCGGCUCUUGUUGCCCGUGGCUCGGACUACAGCAGCAUUUGAUGUAGAUACCGUGCCUAGCCCAACGUAAGGAAAAGCACGUUGGUUGUGAAGUGAUGCAAGAAGGUGAAAAGAUCAAGUUGCUGCAGAGGUUAAGAUGGAGGAAGCUAUACUAAGUCACCAUCAGUCUGACUGAACGUGAAACAUGGGAGGACUAAAGUGCCAAAUAUGAAAGGCUUUUUUCUUGCUUUAAUCAGCUGAGCAUGGUAUGCAUGUUCUUAAAAAUCCGGUAUUAGAAAUGGAAGGAAAUGUAGAGAUCUAUGUAUUGAACAAUUCUGUUCUGAGACGUACGUUUCAGAAUGUAAUUGCCUGCCUUCACUCCGCCAUGCACUAUGGAAUUAGUUUCAUGUUUUCCCCGUAAUUAUUUUUCCUAUAUUCUAGUUCUGCAGACACUUGAAUUCUUGUAGUGAAUGAACGAUAUUUUUAUAAGGUACAUUAUAUCACGGAGUGUGUCUGCACAACUGAGAAAUCAAUUUGUCAUUGACUUUUUCAAGAAUUAGGUAUGUAAAAGUAUUUCUGUGGGAAAUAUUGCUUCUUGUUCUGUAUCACCCAGUUCCUUGUUUCCCAACUGUUUGUUAACAUAUUUCAUGUGCUUAAAUUUUAGCAGAUGCAGGGGGAUUUUUUAGUUUUGGGGUUUUUUUUUGUUUAAGAAAGCAGAUCAGGUUGUGUUGGGACACAAAAGAUUUUACAAGAAUAUGAAGAAGCUGCCCUUAGCCAUCUUAAGGAUGUGAUCCCAAGAUCUGUGAAAUAUUGAUAAUUGAAAACAGUCUCUUGGUUCAGCAUCUCAAAAUUGAACUGUGUUGGCAUAACUGCUGAAACUUUCUCAGGGUAAUGCUGUAUGAAGGACCACGAGACACGGCUUCCUUCCCAGAUUCCCCAAUACUCUCUUGAGUUCAAUUACAUUUUCGUCAUAAUCUGUGAUGGGAGCGUUGUCUUAAGAAUCACAUUUCUAAAGUACAAAUAGACUCAGAAUGUGAACUGUAAGAACAAUCUUGCAGUGUUUAUUCUACUGCAUACUCUAAAAAUACCUGAAAUGCUUAGCGUAAGCUAUUUCAUUCAGUGUAUUUUGGGAAGACUACUGUAAUCCUAUUCUGCCAAAUGCAAAACCAAGGGUACUAGCAUAGUAACUGAGUUUUAAUCCAAAACUGUUACAGGUGAUAUAAUACAGGCAGUGCAUGCAACUCACCUGGACUUUUAUCCGUCUACGUGACGCUGCAGCACUUGCAGUUAUGUUUCUGUCUAGCAGGCAAGCAAGAUGCAACUGAGAGCAGGUAUGGAACACUGAGACGGUGUUUUUAGACACUCCAUGUAGCUAUUUCGAGAAAAGUACCAUUUGUCAACCUUUUUUUAUGCACAGUCAGAAUGUUAAUGUCUUCUCUUUAAAGGCAAGUUAAAAAAAGUCGACUCGGUGUGUGUCAGUAGAUCCUGCAUGUCGUAACUAUGUAGGUGUACCAAGGUUAAACUCGGUGAGGGAGUGUGGUAUUGGCCGUGACAUUUGCUGUCACUCACAGGGCACGUAACACCACUCCCAUGGAGCACAGCGCUCUUCAUGCACAGUGAAACAGCAGAGGGGGUUAUUUUACAGGCAUGUAGAAAAGGAUUUUUAAAUUCACUGCAGGUUUUUGCUGUGAGAUCAGUAGGUGUUAAUGGGAGGAUGAGAGGGCACCUGAACACUUGGCAAGCAAAGAAGUCUGUGAGGACAGCCAGGAAAGAAAGCCUUGUGUGUUCCCAGGGGAUUUAAUGAAUGAUGUGAAAGAAAAUGAGACAGAACACACAUUUGAGCGAGGGGCUGCCAAAGCCAGUCCAAUCUGUCAGACAAACUGAAGAAGCAUUCAGUAUUCAAUCAAUAUAUAUGAUUAGUGUGGCCAGCAACACUCUAAUGCCUCUCUCCUAUCCAUUCCCAUUAUCCAGUAAUUUGAAGCAUACUGUUUUUAUAUACUGAGCACUGUGAAAGGUAGAGAUGAUAGGAUGCUGCCAGUGAUUAGAAUUCUGUUGCUACACAUUUGUGUUUUCUCCCAAGUACCCAAAAGGAUAAAGAGCUGCUUUUAAGAUAAGGAGUUGCUGACUUUUGUCUUGAGCUCUUCCUGGGACCUUUUCCCUCCUGUGUAUCAACAGAGAAGAGAGACUUGGAAGUUCACAAGCAACAAUUUUGUCUUACAGUACAUGGGGGUAAAAAUGGUUCUUGGGCCUUGUAGUGAUGACUAACUUAUAAAUGCUUUUAAAACAAUGCCAUUUAAUUGUAGCUAGGUUAUGGCUCUCUUGAGGUUGCUUUUAAAAUUGAUUCCUUUUAAUGAACUGUGGUGUUCAUCUGCCAUGUAAGAAUUAUAUAAACUAUUUUAUUAGAAAUUAAAAAUGCUAAGUUUAUGUAGUUUCAAAAAGCAUUUUGAAGCAUUUCAGGGAUAUUAAUGACCUAGGACUUGUGGAUUUUCAGCACCUCUGAUGCUUUACUCUUUUUUCUCUGUUCUAUUUGGUCUGACUCCAUCUCAGAUAAUGUUGGAAGGCUGUUCAGAACUAUUUAUUGGGUCAUAAAAGUGAAGUAUUAUUGCUCUGUGACAAGUUUUACAAGAAAUCAUGAAAUUCUCAAAACUGCAUCAAGGUUAGCCAAUUUUUUUUAUUAUUAACUAUGUAAGUAUCAUUUUUGACAUUUUAUCUGAAGAGGCAGUUCUCAGUUAUUCAAGCUGAUGAUAACACAUGAUUGCUUUUCACUUAUUCCAAUCUCUCUGAUUUGUCAGGAGGCGAAAAAUCCACCCAGCUAUACACAAUAGUUGGUUCGGUCAAAAUUUUUGGUACAGUAGUAUGAAGAAUAGUAAUGCUGACAUCCGUGUAUGUUCCCAUCUCCUAAUCUUUUUAUCAGGAUUUACCAGCCUUCAGACUGCACCCUGUUCAUUUCACCUCCUUGGCCUUUGAACAAUUUCAUGUUAAUCUGAAUCAGGGGCGUAAUGUUAAAUUAAGUGGGAUUUGAAAAAAAGACUUUUGCUGUAUCUGUGGUAUUGUGGGUUUGUUUUAUAUUAGGGAUUUCAUCUUAAGUGAAAUCACACAUUAAGUUGCUUGGGCUUAUUGAAAAGUCGUCUUUCAUUUGUUUGGGGCUUUUUUCCCCUCUUAUCCUUUUAGGUUGUUACUAAGGUGUAAUAUCUUGACAUAUCACGUCCUCAAGUUUCUCAAACAAAGCUAAAGCGGAAAUGAAAACUGAUACUCUUGACAUGUGAGUGCCAAAGAAGCUGCUACAAAUUAGUCUUUAAUGCAUAUCAUAUAAGCAUAUCUAUAUUUUUGUCUUGCCAGUUAGUUUUCAUUUUGAGAUAUGAAAGUAUGGAAAGAGAACUUCUACAGCUGUAGACCUUGUCCAUAAUUAAGUGAUAUGCUUUUGCUUUUGUUGUGUUAGUUCCAUUAGGUACAAUCUAUGUUAGCAAGUUGAGAUAAGAGAAUAAUCUAUAAAAUGUUCUUUAUAAAUAAUUAUAAUCUACAAAUUUCUGCAGAUAAAGCUAAACUCACACAGGGUAUUAAAGUGGAAAAAAAAACCCAAACAACAAAAACCACCAAACCACACAACCCCCUGACGAAACCCAUAACCUUUACCGAGGUCCAUAUCUUAGCAGAAACCCUCCUGUGGUAGGGUUAUUAAAAACAAGAAGUUGUCUGGUAUAAUUCUUUGAAUUUUUGUGACCAUUUAAAACUAACUGGAAAGAGGACUUCCUGGUGGAGCCUGCUAGUAUAACUUUAUGGAAAAAUAAGUGUAGAAAACCAUAAAUUCAGGACGGUGUGUCAGUUAACAGGCUGGGAAAGCUCCAUUUGACUUCCUUUGAACUCCUUUGGACUUCCUUUUCAAAGACUUAUCUACAUCACACUUUUCCUUGGAAGUCUUGUAGCCCCACUUCUGCAAAUUGAAUGGAAGCAGUAGUUAAUACCAUGUUUUCUGUUCCCUGGUAGGUCUUCUAACAUCCUGGCAGAAAUAUUAAAAAUUGGAGAAUUUAAAGAUGAAGUUGAGAAGUUAGCUGCUUAACCAGAUACGUGCCGUUCUGAUAUGACCACGCUGGUUCAGAAACAAGGUAGACUCUGUUGUAGUUUUCAUAGAUAAAUUCAGAAUGAUGCUUUGCUAAGUUUAACUUCAGAGAUGGUGCUAGUACCACAGAGAAGCGCUAACGAGAGAGUAGGAAAAAAAAUCCUUGAAGUGCAAUAGAGCAAAUCUGGAGCUGAGAACAAUUCUCAGCGGGCGUGAGGAGGGGUGUUGUGCUCAGCUUGGUUUGGGCAUUUAGCUGCUGCUGCUGGCAGUGACUCAAUUCCUAUUUGUUUCAUACUUUCUCUGCUAUUUUAGUUAUUUCAGCUGUUGACAUGUCCUCCUUCACACUAUCAUUUCUUUUGUUUACAUUUUGACUCUGCAGAAGUCUUGUUUAAGUGAAACGUUUUUAAACUUUAAUAAAAGGUGUCUUUGGGUUGGAAUUGGUGAGAAUUGAGAAGAGGCUGACUUAAUAGUUAUCCUAAUGAAAAUGCUGAUUUCAGGUGGGUGUACCUGACUCUCUACUAUAUUUCUUUUCAUGGUCACAGCCAUUCAAAUAAAAGUGAAUCACAGACCA